GCCUGCUUGAUCUGCGAUCGCCGCUGUGCCAACGCCGAGAUUCCACCCAUUGGACUCGAUCGGAGACAACAAAAGCCAUCCAAAAGCAGACAUGGCAUUCUGGAAACCAGAUACCAUCGCCCCAGGCAGCAGCAUCGAUCGGGCCGUCGAGAGGGAAUCCGCCGAUGAGGGAACGCUGCUGGUGCUUGGCCGCGAAUCCAACACCUCGCUCUACGAACAGCGACAGCAGCUGCCCAUCGCCAAACAUCGCCGAGAGCUUCUGUAUCUGAUCGAAACGCACCAAGUGACCAUCGUCGUUGGCAGGACCGGAUCGGGCAAGACAACUCAGCUCCCACAGUAUUUGCACGAGGCGGGAUGGUCGGCCGGUGGGCGAACGGUUGCAUGCUGCCAGCCGCGCCGAAUCGCGGCCACUUCAGUCGCUGCGCGAGUUGCCGACGAGGUUGGAUGCACCCUGGGUCGGGAAGUCGGCUAUACCGUCCGGUUCGAUGAUUGCAGCGAUCCAAAGAUCACCCGGAUCAAGUACUUGACCGACGGCAUGCUCUUCAGAGAGACCCUGGUGGACCCUCUUCUGAGCCGCUACAGCGUCAUCAUGGUUGAUGAGGCUCACGAACGCAGCUUGUACACAGACAUCAUCAUCGGGGUUUUGAAAAAGAUUCUGAAGAAGCGGCCGGAGCUGCGAAUCAUCAUUUCCUCUGCUACCAUCGAUGCCAAAGCAUUCUAUGAGUUUUACAAUACCAACUCGACGGGACAGCCGAGCCAAGAAAACGUUGCCAUUACAUCGCUGGAAGGUCGAAUGUAUCCUGUCGAUGUGCUGUAUCUAGCUGAAGCAACUUCGGACUACAUUCUCGAAAGUGUCCACACUGUGAUGAAGAUCCAUCAGAAGCAUUACCCCCGGAUGAGAAACACGAUCGAGAUGCUUCCGCUUCACGGAUCACUACCGUACGAGGAACAGAAACGGGUGUUUGAGCCUGCACCCAAGUCCACGAGAAAGGUCAUCUUCUCAACAAAUGUUGCCGAGGCUUCUGUCACCAUCGACGGAAUAGUCUAUGUCGUUGAUGCGGGCUUUGUCAAGCUACGAUCGUACAACCCCAGCACCGGCAUGGAGAGCUUGUGUCGCGCGGGACGAUCAGGGCGAACCCGGCCCGGGAAGGCAUUCCGGAUCUAUACCGAGGAGGGAUUCUCAAAACUCUCGGCAAACAACACACCCGAGAUCCAGAGGAGCAACUUGAUGACCGUAGUGCUACAGCUCAAGGCUCUUGGCAUCGAAAAUGUCCUGCGCUUUGACUUUUUGUCAGCACCGCCCGCGGAAAUGAUGAUACGGAGUCUAGAGUUGCUAUACUCCCUCAAGGCUCUGGAUGACUAUGGGCGACUCACAAUUCCAUUCGGAACCAGCCUGGCCGAGUUUCCGCUCGAUCCGUUCCUCGCGAGCACGAUUCUCAACUCUCACCGAUUCAAGUGCGGUGCAGAGAUUCUCACGAUCGCCGCAAUGCUGUCCGUCCAGAAUGUGUUUGUUGUGCCGUCAGGCCAGCGAAGAGAGGCAGAGGAGGAGAGGCGCAAGUUUGCAGUCGAAGAGGGCGACCACUUGACAUAUCUGAAUGUUUACAACGCCUUUAUCCGCUCCAACCGGAGUGCCAAAUGGUGCUACCAACAUUUCCUCAACCACAAGUCGCUCCAGCGAGCAGUGUCGAUUCGCAAUCAGCUUUCCAAGUACGCCAGCCGAUUUGGCAUUCCCAUCCAAAGCGCUCUUCGGAGUCACAAUCGCGAUAACAGUGACGGCGAUGACGACGACGAUAUGGAUGGCGACGACGAUGGCUCGGCUUCAUGUCAAGUCCGCAAAUGUCUGGUGUCGGGCUACUUUGCUCAAGCUGCCCGGCUGCAAAUCGACGGCACCUACAAGACUGUUCGAGACAACGUGACUCUGCACAUCCAUCCAAACUCUGUUCUCUUCCAGCGAUCGCCUCCUUGGAUCAUUUUCCACGAAGUUGUCGAAACUACCAAGGUUUUCAUGCGGGAUAUUACUGUCGUCGAGCCCGAGUGGCUGGUUGAGCUGGCACCGCACUAUUACAAGCACGAGAGUCGUCGCAAUUGAGCCGGCUCCAGCAAGGGGUGUGCAGACAUACAGAUGGUGGCGCCCGUAGUCACCAGAAUACUUCACUGAGUUAGCCAGUCGGCACGAUGCACUCGCGCGAUCGGAGGAGAGCGACGGGGCAACAUCGGGGCUCUGGGCCAGGUCAACCACCACCCGCCCCCCUCACCGCCGACCGAGUCUCAAUCGGUUGUGGACGAUCCGUCAGAGCGAUCUUGCAUUGUGCAUCGACUUUUGAGGACUGCGGCCCAUAUCGAGGCACAUCUAUCGCAG